CGCGCCCACUCGGAGCGUUAAUUUAAUUAGGCUGUUCAAAGCUUUUUUUUUUUUGAGCUUCGUGCAAGAACUCCACCACGGACAGUGCGGAUGACUCCCGAGAAGGAGUCUGAUUUCGUAUCACAGUGUCAAAACACGGUGCUCUGAUGGAAGUUGAGAGGUCACUGAAGCGUCCAAGUGUUGGUUUAAGUCUCGCGCAAGCUCCAGAACCAGAAGAGUGAGUAGAGGAGAUUGCCUCGUGGACAUGAUCCCAUCGGUCUUGAUCGGCUGUUGGAAGUACACGCACGAACAUCAGGGCUUAGCAAUAGUUCUGAAAGAUGGAUUUCUUUAAAAGUGUGUUACCACCGCUGCCAAAAUUACCAAAAUUGAAAAAACUACGCCAAUGGAACGGUGGCUCACUGCUGAGUCUCAACCAGUUCCCCAACCUACCCGCACCAUUCAAUCUGGGUAGUGGAGGCGUUACACCUGCAUCCGCCAGUACACAAUCAACCAGCACCUCCGCACCGCGCGGGGAUUUCGGGCGUCCACAUCAAUCAGCUCCACCGCGCAAACCGCAGCACAUGCGCCACUCGUCCGACAUCUCCAUCAUCUCGGCGGCGGUGUGCAGCAGAACACCGGCCGACUAUAGCCACCGGGACAAUCUCGGCCUGUACGCGCUCAAGUGUGAUCGGAAUGCGGCCAAGCGGGGCAUUCUGUUGAAUCUGCCGCGGAAAAUUACCCAGGCGGUCGGUGGCUCGGAACCGUCCGGUGUGCCACCGGCAACGAUGGUGCACGAGAAGUUCUCACCCUGCAAACGACAUCCGGUCGGUGUUACCCACGAGCUGCCGGUGAUAAAACCGCCGCCGAGAAGAAGGAAACGAUUGCCCGCGGGAGAGCAGCGGAUGGUACCGGGCGGCCAACACCAACCGGAUGCGGAUCUCAGCCGGUGGCAGAAGAACAGCAGUGAGCUGUUUCGGAUCGUGGAGCGUGAAUCGGUUAGUGCGGCACGGGCCCGAUCGGCUGGUGGGGUUGGACUGAUGCUGACGAAGAAACCGCACCGGGCAGUACCGCCGAAGCGCAAUACGCUUUUCGACGCCCCAACGCAAUCCAGCAGUGAUGGAGCGGUUGUCGAACUGGUGGAACAGGUCAAGGCCCAAUCGGUCGACAAUCUAUUGGCGAUGCGGUAUCAUCGCCGGCGCCGGGGUGCUUUCGCCGAACCGGAGAGACCGCGGGAAGAAAGUGACAGUGAGUCGGACCGUCAGGUACAGUCGUUGCGCAUCCAUCCACACCAUCACCGGCGUACAUCGUCGGCUGUGAAUGGGAAAAUCACAGCCACCGAGCAACCGGCUCGUGUACCGCAGCGUGUUAUACAUCCACCUUCCGGGGCAACCUCACUGCCGACAUCGACAGCAGUCGUCACCGAGCACCCAUUUCCACUGGACCGUGCGUGCGAUUUUUUCAUCGAUAACAACUCGGACGAGAUCGAGGUACGGUUCCGGAAGGGUUACAGUACGGACGAGAGUAACGAAACGGUAAUGCCGGACAACCCGGAGCGAAGAUCCGAAAACCAGGAAAAGCUUCCUCUACCGCCGCGUGUCGUGCAGCUAAGGCGCACUGACUCGGGACCGUCGAAUCGUACCAAAGCGACCGUGCGUGCGUUACCAAAACCCGAACCGGAUACAACCGGUGUACAAACCGAUCCAUCCACCACACGCCAGUUUGUGCCGCUAGCCGAAGUGCUGCGGAAAUCGAUCGACAGUGCGGAACUGAAGCGUAAGUGGAUUAAUGACUUCCUCUCACAAGGGAGUGAAAUUAAACAAAGUCCCGAGGAUGGACCGAUCGCAACACUUGGGGACGGUAAUGAGCUCGAACCGUUCGUACCACAGCUGGACAUUGUGCAGCGGAUGGACCGUCAGCUGGAAGAGCUCGAGGGAGCGCAUGUCCCGCCGGCGAACACCCAUCGGCAGGGUUCGAACGGUAGUGUGGAUAUAUUCCGCAGGACGAACUGUGAUUUUGACGAGUUCGAUGAACUGUUCACGUCGGCGGAUCAGACUGGUGGUCGGAAAACGGUUAAGCUAAGCGAGCAGAUCACGUACAUCGAUCGCAGCAGUACCACCAGCAAUCUUUGCUUCUCUUCCUCUUCCUUCUCAUGUGCGAGUGUGGAAGAUGGAAAACCAGCAUUACCAUCAUCAGCUCCACCAUCAUUACCGCCUCCUCCUCCUCCUCCUCCUCCACCACCUCCACCGCCACCAGUUCCUCUACCACCUCCAGCAGAUGGAGGAAAGGUAUGUAUGGAUGGUGGGAAACUGACCGGUGAGGUAAAAUCAAUCGCACUGACCGGAUACAGAAGUACGGUGCAAAUACAGGACUAUAGCAGUAAGCAUCUUCAACGCGUCCGGUACCUUUCGUCGCCAUCACCGUCACGCAGCUCGGUAGUAACAGGGCACGCCCAGGGUAACCAUCCGUUCCCGGAUUCUGGCAGCGAAACCGAGAGUGGUCAACACCGGAAAGCAAACAAUAAUAUAGUGCUUCCUGUAAAUGUACAGCUGGUCCAUUCGGGACCGGGAAAACCACCAGAGAUGAAACACUGCGCUACGGUGCAAGAUCGACAAAAUCGUGAUGUGAAGCCGGGCAGUCAUCCACAACCAGCAACAAGCAGCACCAUCAGCAGUGUGCUACCGGAUUACAGUGAAUACUAUAACGAGGAGGGUGUCAUUAUUAUAUAAAAUCGAGGGAAGAAAAAGAAAACUGCAAACAACAAUUUACUCACCUAUAAACCAAUCGCAAAAAAUCCAGCGCGCAGUUAUAUACAGUUCGUAUAGGUAAAGAGGCAUCUUAACGUACUUACAUUUAUACACAAUACACAACACAGCGAAACUAGAGCAAACGAAACUUAUUGGUUUGGGGAGAAACGAGAAACAUACAACACUGAUCAAAAUAAAUGCAUAAGCA